AGAUGUGAAAGCAUGUUUUGUCCUGCUGUUCUCUUAAAGGCUGUAAUGUUCAGAACUUUCAGUCACUUGAACGCAUCCAGCUCCUAAGGUGAUGAGGUGAAUCAACAGUUAGAGACAAAGCGUGGAAGCUGAGCCGCUCUCAGUGAGAACAGAGAACAUGGCUUCAUCCUUCCUCAGCUUCUCUCUCCUCUUCAUUAUGUCUACAGCAGAUGGGUUCCGAUGCUACACGGUGGCCCACUGUGACUUUAACUCCACUGAGCUGAAGGACAUCGAGUACAUCUACUCCGAUUACUACAACAGGCUGGAGAUUGUCAGGUUCAGCAGCAACGUGGGGCACUUCGUCGGCUACACUGAGUACGGGGUCAUGCAGGCCCGAGUGUGGAACCGGGGACCAGAGCUGACUGAUGCCAAGAGCAGGAAGGAGACGUACUGCAUCAACAACAUUGAUAUUGACUACGAUUCGGUUCUGACCAGGUCAGUUAAGCCUUAUGUCAGACUGUCAUCUAUGGCGCCCCCUGCUGGUCACCACCCCGUCAUGUUGGUCUGCAGCGCCUACGACUUCUACCCCAAACAGAUCAGAGUGAGCUGGACCAGAGAUGGAAAGGAAGUCUCCUCUGAUGUCGCUUCCAGUGCGGAGAUGGCAGACGGUGAUUGGUUCUACCAGAGCCACUCUCACCUGGAGUUCACACCCAGGUCUGGAGAGAAGAUCUCCUGUGUGGUGGAACACGCCAGCCUGAAGCAGCCUGUGGUUAUUGACUGGGAUCCGUCCAUGUCUGAGUCACAGAGAAACCAGAUCGCCAUUGGAACCUCAGGACUGAUCCUGGGUCUGAUCUUAUCUCUGGCUGGAUUCAUGUACUACAGGAGCAAGACCUCGUGUCGGAGCAGAGUCUGAAACCAGUUUAGUCAGUUUACAUUGAGUUUACCUUUCUGGAACAGUUUAUCUGUUUGUAAAGCAGGAGAUUUUCUGGUUCCCCUUAAUGAACUGCUUGUUUCACACCAGUUUAAACUGUUGAUCUGAUGUUGAUGUUGACCCUUGUCUCUUCUCUUUACACUAGGACAUAUUCUGGUUCUAAUUGAGCACGGUUCUGAUCCAGAACCUCUAUCUUAGCUAGAAGGAAAAAACACCUAUUUUCACAUCCACACAAACACUGCUGCCACCUGUCUAACUAAAGACCUGACUCUCUAAAGGUCCUACCAGUCUGAUACAUGUUUGGUCUUAACCGGAUUUAGGACUGUACUCUGCUGUUCCAUCUAUCCAUCUGCAGCUGCUUAUUUGCUUGGGGUCACAGGAGAGGCAAACUAUGCAAAGAAUGUCAGACUUCCCUCUCUCUGCAAACUUCCUCUAGCUCAUCCUAGGGGAUCCGAAGGCAUAACUAGUCCAGCACAGACAUACUCCCUCCAUCAUGUCCUGGAUUUUCCCCAGACUUUGGUGACUUGAAGCGCCAUCCAGACAACAACAGACCAAACACAUUAUGAGCAGGAUGACAGGGGUCUGCUGUGAUGGCCUUAAUUUUGCUAAGUGAGUGGGACCCAAAAGUCCUCUAAGGAGAGCAGAGGGAAACUUACUCUGUCUGUGUACAUAUAAAAGGUUUAUACUAUGUUUAGACCUUGUUCUGUUAUUUUGACAGUCUGCUCCCCCUUCUGGUCAUUCACAUUCACUUGACUGUCUAAGCAGAGCUCUGGUCACAUGACUAACCAGGAAAAAACUACACAGGACUUAUGAUUCUCUUCUCAUAAUUUACACUUGAUGAUUUUUACCAUUAACUGGUAAUUAACACGAUGAAUUAAAGAUUUUAUUCUAUUUUUUCAUCUA